CUUCACUCAACUACUACCCUGACCUCGUCAAAAUUCCGCCUACGCUAGAUGGCGAGCGAAACAGGCGUUGGAUUUUGCUUAUCUAAUGGCGUAUGCUCAACGGAAAGGAAAGUAUUAUCUACCGCUAGAGGACGACGUGAUCACAAAACCGGAUUACAUCCAGGCGAUAAAACGUUCUCUGGUAGCAGGCGAUGACUUUCUCUUGGCGGAUUUUGCUAGUUUAGGCUUCAUCGGAAAACUGUUCCAUUCCAAAGAGCUGCCGACGUUCGUUCAGUUUAUUAUUCUAUUUUACGACGCUAAGCCCGUUGAUUGGCUGCUUAGUAAUUACAUCUUUGUUAAAGUUUGCUUGCAAGAGCUAACUGAAACAGAGUACUGCCCCAAAGCGAUGAAGAAAGCGAUAAAAAAAUUUCGGCCUGCUUUAUUCCAACAUAUCGGACGAGAGUCAUCCUUUGAUGGAAAAGUGCAGCUAUGGCAGGAAGGCGACUUCGGUAAUGUCAGCUCGUGUGUGCCACAUAAAGACAAUCCGCCUGCUAGGCGCAUCUGGUCGACACUGACAAUAUACCAGCCGCAUACCCUUGAAAACGCUUACCGGGGAAAGACUUUUUUUUGGGCACUCACGCCUCGGGCAUCUGAUACGUUGACUAUUGAAUUCCUCGCUCGCAUCAACGUUUCAUCAUUUGUAUUUAAAUCGGGGGACGCGGACCAUCCGGCUGAUCAGCUGCGCGACGCAGUGGUAGAGGUCACCAUCGAUAAUUCGCUGACUAACUGGAAAGAAGUGGGACGCUUUCAUCACGGUACCUCCCAGGGAUCACUAAGGUCCAACGAAUUGAUUUCGGCCAUAAGGAUACGAAUUACCAAAGAAAGUCCGAACUGGGUGAUUUUGCGCGAAAUCUGGAUAAAAGCUGUAAGUUGACGGCGAUAAGAGCGUCUCCCGUUCCGGCACUUAUCAGCACUGAGUCAUUUGUCGUUAAUCCUUGUCAGCACUCAAAUUUUGACCGUUGAAAUGAAUUCAGCAGUGACCUGGUGAUGACCUCUUGCGGAAGCUGACCGUUGACACUAGAUUUCCGGAUAAAUAAUAGAUGAACAGACAGUAGCAUCGUUUCCUGUCAACCACUGCUGCAUGGAAGUGCUUCUCAGAAUUGCCUAUUAGUAAUCUGGAUUAUCUGUAGUUGCAAAUAUUCUGUUUGAGUAAAAGACUUGAGGCACUGUAAAACGUAUAUGUCUGUAUAAAAUCUGUAUAAUGAUUAAA